AGAAAAUUUCAAGGAUUUAUAAAUACGCAAAUGGGAAAUACCUGUUUCUUAAGUUAAAUAACACUUGCUUAUGUAAGUUAUUUAAAAUAAACUAUUUAAAUACUGCUCGCCAAAAAUUAUGAUCCCCACCAGACAUAAAAGACCUCGAACCAAUUUUUCAAACAGGGUCACCUCUUUGAUAAAACCAAGCAGGGUCAAUAACACAUUAUCUCCCACGUUCCUGCAAUUCAUUUUUGCUCUCUCACAUCGCAAAUGUUUUUAAAACACCAACACUCUCCCGAUUCAAUCAUUAGAUAAAAAAGAUCCCACAUAAAAGUACUCCGAAAUCGCAUUAAAAUGGAUUUUUAAACCGUUUUUAUCACAUUGUUGAUAAAUAUUAUUGUAAAGUUAUUUUUCGCUAUCUAUUAUUGUAAUAAUAAGUGUCGUAAGAAUUGUCACCAACAAUUUAUCGGUUGAUUAAUAUAAGAAAUCACACUAACUUGAUAUUUAUAGUCAGUAUUGAGUCAGGUGUUGAACUGGUUUUAACGAAACAGUGAAAAAAAGGUUUUAUUAAAAUUUUUGUGGUUUAUUAUUGUUAUUUUCGCGUAUGUUGAGAAGAAAACUUGUUCCCCCAGAUGGGGGUUGGGGUUGGAUGAUAGCAGCUGGAGUUGCUUUAAAUUUUUUUAUAAUUUUUCCAAUCGCCCAAACUUUUGGCCUCCUCUACAAAGAUAUUUUCAACGACUUAGGAUUUACGGGAACUCAAAACACGUUAAUUCUCAACACGAAUUUAGCAGUUUCGAACAUUUGCGGGAUCGUAAUUGGCCCGUUAAUAAAACAUUAUGGAUACAGGGCGAUUUCUUUCGCAAGUGGAAUAUUUAUCGUCUUAGGAUUAAUUUUUACAGCUCAUUCAACACGGUUUGAACAUUUUAUGAUCGCUUACGGAAUCAUAACCUCAUUAGGUUAUGGGAUGGGUCUUCAAGGAUUUUCCGUCGCAUUAAAUUCGUAUUUUGUUAAAAAACGUUCAAAAGUAAAUGGUUACGUCUCUGCGAUUUACGGUUUAGGACCAAUUUUAAUGCCUCAAUUGGUUUCGUAUAUGAUGACAGAAUUUGAUGUUAAGUCGAUUAUGAUUAUAUUAGCAGCUGUGGCUGGACACGUUUUAGUGGCUGCUUUACUGCUUCAACCGGUUGAAUGGCAUAUGGUUCCUGUUAAAGAAGACGAAAUAAACGAAGAAGAAGAUAAAUUUUUAGAUAGUAAUGAAUAUACAAGGAGUAGAAGGCCCUCGGUUUUAUUAACCGACUCAAAUAUUUCUUUACACGCAAUAUCUAGACUUUCAAUUGAUGAAUUGACUGGAUCAGUUUGUUUUGAACAAAACACUGGAAAUAAUAACGAAAAGUAUAAAAUGUUAUCAGAAAAAGCAUCAUUUUGGGAAAGAUUUAUUGAUUUUAUGAAUAGAACGUUUAAUUUUGAAAUGUUGAAAGAUCCCACGUUUGUCAGCAUAGUUCUUGGGCUCUCUUUGGAUUUCCUCUCGGAAAUUAACUGUCUAAUUCUCAUACCAUUUAUUAUGGCUGAUUUUAAUUUGACCACGGAACAAAUUGCUAUAUUUAUGUCAACUUUUGCAAUAGCUGAUAUUAUUUUAAGAUUUCUAGCGCCGUAUAUUGCCGAAAUUUUAAAUCGACCUGAAAGGCAAAUGUUAAUGAUUACUCUUUUAUGCUUAAUUUGUGCAAGAAGUUCUUUAUUAUUCGUAAACGGAUUUGUUCCUUUACUUUUUUGCGCCGUUGCAAUUGGAAGUUGUCGAGGGGCUCGAUUAGUUUAUUGGAGUCUGGUAAUGCCUUGUCAUGUACCGAUUGAAAAAUUACCAGCAGCUUUAGGAUUGCAAUUUACAAUAAAUGGCAUUUUAAUUUUUAUGGGCGGUCCAUUAUUGGGUGUAAUUAAAGACGUAACAGGGACGUACGUUAAAUGCAUCUAUUUAAUUAAUUUAAUUACUUUUAUGGCUGUUUUAAUAUGGUCCAUCGAAUUUAUCAUAAAAAAGUACAAAUCAAAAAAGAUCGAUAAAAAGGAAAACUGUGAUAUUUAAUAAUUCCGUGGUUAAUUUAGAUGAUGUAUUUAUUAUUGUUAAUUUAUUUAAAUAAAUAAUA